CAAAGUGACCCGAUUUCUUAUGUCAUUAGUGUCAAUUUUAUUUUGUCAAGUUGGUUGCACUUCCCUUGUAAUUGACACUAUUGACAGAUGCAGAUCGACAGAUAGACGCAGUAAAAAACAAAAACCAAAAAGGUUCCUUAAAGAAAAUAAACAAAUUUAAUAUAAUUAAGUUUUAAUAAUUCGAGCUCAAGCAUAAUAUGACUUCUAUAGAUGAACAAACCGUAUUUGCCAAACUAGAGGCUCUCAAAGAAAUAAGAGGGAAAACAAUACAACUUGAAAAAUUAAAAGCUAGACUAUUACUGGAAAUAGAAUCCCAAGACCAAGAAGAGAAAUGUUUGUCAGAAUACAAACAAGAGAUGGAUUUGCUUCUACAAGAAAAAAUGUCUCAUGUAGAAGAGUUAAGACAAAUUCAUGCUGAUAUAAAUGCUAUGGAAGGUGUGAUAAAACAAGCUGAAGAAAGUAGAACCAGGUCCAUGUCAGCAGCUAUUCGCCUGCAUGAAGAAUUUGUACCACUUAAAAGUGAAAUUGACAGAUUAAGAAGAGACUGUUUAGGAUUAGAACGCCUUCCAGAGCUACAUGAAGAGGAAGGCUCCAGUGUAACACCAGAUAUGUUUUCUUUCAGAAAAUUUUCCCAACUGUACAAUUCUACAAAAUCUCAACAAUCUGUCUUCACAAAAUCAGCCGAUUGGAAUAGACCUAUAGGGCACAAUGAAAACUCUUUAAGUUCUUUGGCACCGCCAUUACCGCCAACAUUUUUGCCGCCUCCUAAUCCUCUCAGACUGGUCACCAAUAAACCAGACGGUGGUCGACCUGUAGGCAUGUCUCAAUCACCGCAUGCUGGUCCUCCCACUCCCACAUUCAGACAACAACCACCGCCGAUGAAGUCCUGUCUAAGUUGCCAUCAACAGAUUCACAGAAACGCGCCGAUAUGUCCUUUAUGCAAGGCAAAAUCUAGGUCACGUAAUCCAAAAAAGCCCAAAAAGAAGGAUAUCAAUUAAUUUUUUUUUAUUCGUAUUAUCUCGUACUUAAACAUUUAGUUUUUUAAAAUUCGUUUGUUAAUAAUUAUUAUUCCUAUUGAUCUAAAUUGAUAUCGUUUAAGUAAGACUUGCAGUUAAAGGGGUGGUUAUGGCAGUUCUAAUACAUAAUCGACCAUUUUAUAAUAUAAACCUCCAUUAGAAAAUCUAAACUUCAAAAUAGAAACAACUGUCCAUCUGAAUCGUUUAUAGGAAACUGUUAUAUGAGAUAAGAAGCUGUCACAGCUGUUUAGAAGCUAUUAGAGAAAGUCGGAAGGGUAUAUAGAAAUGGACUUUAUCUCCUAUAGGAGUUCGUUUUUCAGAUCAUUUUAAAGAGUUUUACUUGGUAAAUCGUUCAUUGUUUAGAGAACUGCCUUAGCUGUGAUCUUUAAAAAAUAGUUAAUUGAAAACGUUUAUUGUGCAACUAAUGAACAAAGCUAUUGUUGUUUUUUAACAAUUUGUCAAACGCCACUUGUCAUAUCUGUCAUUUGUUAUUCUUAAAUAGGUGUCAAGUUUUGUUGAAAAUCGGUUAAUUUGUAACUGAAGGACUAAUUAUAAAAUAGAACGUCGAGUGCCAAAUUAUAAUUUUUUUUAUUAUUCAAAGGAGUGUCGUGGAAUAAUUUUGCUAGUGUCGGAUCGACCAUUUUUUAUUAUUUUAAUUUUUAAGGAAAAAAAAUGUUUUCGAUUGUAAACGGGUUUUUUUGUUUGUAGCUUUAAGUUUGUGUAAGGUAUAUGUGUUUGUAUUGAUGUAACUUAUUUUUUUUUGUAAAACAAUAAAGUUAUAGAUUUAUUGAU